AAGCUAUGAAUAACUACAAUGAAAGUCUAAUUACAAUGGUUGAAAAUAGCCAUCCUGAGGAAUACCGAAUUUCAUCGCUCGUCUUCUACAGCUUCAUUUUUACAAUUGGCUUAGUUGUAAACAUUACAGCUCUCUGGGUCUUCAGCUGUACCACCAAGAAGAAAACAACUAUAACUAUCUACAUGAUGAAUGUUGCGUCGCUUGACUUGUUGCUUAUAUUCUCCUUGCCUUUUCGAAUGCAUUAUUAUGGGAAACGCUCUUGGAUCUUUGGAGAUGUCUUCUGCCGGAUUCUUAGUGCUUUCACUAUUUUUUACCCCAGCAUUGCAAUAUGGCUGUUAGCUUUUAUAAGCAUUGAUAGAUGUCUGGCUAUCGUUCAACCCAAAUAUGCCAAGGAACUCAAGAACACAAGCAAAGCUCUGAUGGCUUGCACAGGACUUUGGAUCUUAACUCUUGUGACAACUUCUCCACUCCUUUUCUUAUAUUCUGAUCCAGACAAAACUUCAAAUUUCACUACCUGCAUAAAGAUGAUGGAUAUUAUCUACCUAAAGGAAGUCAAUGUAUUAAAUUUUUCUCGGUUAAUAUUUUUUUUCUUGAUUCCCAUAUUUACUAUGCUUGGUUGUUAUCUAGUCAUCAUUUAUAGUAUAAUUCGUGGAAGAACUUCCAAGCUGAAACCAAAGGCUAAAGAAAGAUCGAUCAGAAUCAUUGUAACACUAAUUAUCCAAGUGCUUUUAUGUUUUGUGCCUUUUCACAUUUGUUUUACAUUUCUGAUGCUCCAAAAUGGAGAGGCAAGUUACAACCCUUGGGGAGCAUUUACCACCUUCCUGAUGAAUCUCAGCACAUGUCUAGAUAUAAUCCUUUACUACCUAGUUUCUAAACAAUUUCAGGCCCGAGUUAUCAGUGUUAUGCUUUAUCGUAAUUAUCUUCGAAGUGUUCGAAGAAAAAGUAUACGAUCUGGUAGUAUGCAUUCAUUAAGUAAUAUUAACAGUGAGAUCAUAUAA